CUACUUAAACCCUCUCAACUUACCUUAAUAUCCAUUAACCUCUACGAUGGAGCAGGCGUACAUCUGGUUAUGUGUGUUGGUAUGCAUAGGCAGUGCAACGGCUCAACCUUUAAACAACAGUACCGGCAACUGCACCUACGACAACGACUGUUCCCCAGGCCUGAUAUGUGUGGACUCUCAGUGUGUGGACCCUUGCAACGUGUGUGGCCUCAACACUGAGUGUGUGGUGGAUGAAGACGACACACCUCUGUGCUACUGCAAGCCAGGUCAUCAGGGAGAUCCUUUCACGGAAUGUACAGCAGGAGAGUGUACGAAGAACUCUGACUGCAGCUCUGACCGGAUGUGUUUGAGCAACAGAUGUGAAGACCCUUGCCAAGAUGGCUGCGGCCUCAACACAGCAUGCAGGGUGGUCAACCAUCGUCCCCUGUGUGCUUGCCUUCCGGGGUUUGUCUUCACCAUGGACGAAGGCUGCACAACGUCUUCCAUGCCGGAGUGCCAGUCUAACUCCCACUGCCCAGACGAUCGUUCAUGUCGUCUGCAGAAGUGUGUUGAUCCUUGUGAAGACAGAGUUUGCGGCAACAACACUGACUGCUAUGUCAAGAAUCACUACCCCGUCUGCUCUUGCCAGGUCGGGUUCAUCGGGGACGCCUACAACGGGUGUGUGCCUUACUGUCCCUCUGGUGGUUCAUCUAAAACAGGCAACAAGACUUACCACUUUAGCAAUACAACGAAAUCUUGGUUCGAUGCUCUCGACGACUGCUAUAGCCAGGGAAUGAAAUUGGCAACAGUCAACAAUGAAGAUGAAUGGACCAGCCUGAUUGCGGCUUACAAUUCCACCAUUACAGGUAAUAGUUUUUGGCUUGGAGGUAAUGACUUAGAGAGAUAUAAAGAAUUCCGCUGGGUGACGGAUGGAAACUUCCUUAAUUUCACUAACUGGAGAAGUGGAGAGCCGAAUGGAACUCCGUACCAUUGUCUGCAAGUUUUGACUGAUUUAACAUGGCAGUCCAUAACAUGUACUAAUACAUAUUACUACGUCUGCCAGUCAACUGAAACCCCAACUUCAACCCACACCAUUUAAGCUGUUGUUUUUGUUAAUUUUUGUUUUAUACUAUUAUAGUAUUGAGAGAUA